CUGGAGGGGGGUCUUCAUGCAGCCCUGUUCUUGCGAGAAAGCAUAAAGGUAAAAUACUUCUUGGUGAAGAAGAAGGUUUGGAAGAUGAUUCUGAAACCCGAUCAGAUGUCAGCGCUGCAUCGUUUGCAGCAUCUAUGAAGGGCGAGAUAACAAGUGAACUAGCUUCUUCAUCAGGUGUAUCGACAGCUGGGUCAGUAGGGAGUUCAGCUGCUGAUUCUACUGGACAUGAUAUCAUUACUGAGCAGCCACGUUCUCAACAUACGUUGCAGUCAGACUCUGUAGACCUGACAAGCUGUGAUUUGACAAGUACAGCUACUGAAGGGGAAGAAGAUGAUGUGCUUAGUCGAAGCUCCAGCCAGAUCAGUGCUGUGCAGUCAGAUCCCACUAUGGACUUGAAUGAUGGUACACAGGCUUCCUCACCAAUUAGUGAUAGCUCUCAGACUACUACAGAAGGUCCAGACUCUGCUGUAACACCUUCGGACAGUUCUGAAAUUGUUUUGGAGGGUGCUGAAGGACAGUAUUCUGGAAUGCAAAUUGGGCAGCUGCAGGAUGAGGAAGAUGAGGCUGCAAAUGUUCUCCAAGAUGAUUCGUCGGAGUCUUUCAGAAAUUCUUCUAUUGCUCUUCAGCAGCCUCACCUGUUGAAAACCACAAGUCAUAGUAGGCAGCCUUCUGAUAGCAGUGUGGAUAGAUUUACAUCAAAAGAAGAUGCAGCAGAUCCUGCUGAUCAUGAAAAUAAGCCCUCCAGGGUAAAGGGAGACAUAGGUCACUAUACUGAUGGAAAUUCUGCUCCUUUAGUGCACUGCGUUAGACUUCUGUCAGCCUCUUUUCUACUUACUGGGGAGAAAGGAGCUUUAGUUCCUGAUAGAGAUGUGAGAGUCAGUGUAAAAGCCCUGGCAGUAAGUUGUGUUGGAGCAGCUGUUGCGCUUCACCCCGAGUCUUUCUUCAGCAAACUGUAUAAAACACCCCUUGAAGCAAUGGGACAAGAGUAUGAGGAGCAGUAUGUAUCAGAUAUUCUGAACUACAUUGACCAUGGAGAUCCCCAGAUUAGAGGAGCUACUGCCAUUCUGUGUGGAACAAUUGUCAACUCCAUUCUAAUUAAAUCCCGCUUUGAUGUGGAAAAAUGGCUAAUAAAUGUCAGAAGCUUAACAGGAAAUCUCUUUUCCUUGGUAGACUGCAUACCUCUGUUACAGAAAACGCUGAAAGAUGAGUCCUCUGUUACAUGCAAACUGGCUUGUACAGCUGUGAGGCAUUGCAUCAUGAGCUUAUGUAGUAGCAGUUACAGUGAACUAGGUUUACAAUUAAUUGUUGACCUCCUUACACUGAAGAAUAGCUCAUAUUGGCUAGUAAGGACGGAACUUCUUGAAACACUUGCAGAGGUAGAUUUUCGGCUAGUCAACUUCUUGGAAGGGAAAACUGAGAGCUUGCACAGAGGUGUUCAUCAUUAUACUGGUCUACUGAAACUUCAGGAGAGAGUGCUUAAUAAUGUUGUAAUAUGUCUACUUGGAGAUGAAGAUCCAAGAGUGAGACAUGUAGCUGCAGCUUCAUUAACGAGGCUUGUUCCAAAGCUGUUUUAUAACUGUGAUCAAGGACAGGCUGAUCCAGUUGUGGCAGUAGCAAGAGACCAAAGCAGUGUCUAUCUGAAACUACUAAUGCAUGAAACACAGCCUCCAUCUCACUUUGCGGUGAGCACUAUCACCAGAACAUACAGAGGUUACAAUAUGCUGCAAAGUCCGACAGAUGUCACUAUGGAAAACAAUCUCUCAAGGGUUAUUGCAGCAAUUUCCCAUGCAUUGACAAUAUCCACUACGAGAGCACUUACGUUUGGCUGCUGUGAAGCUUUGUGUCUGCUCUCCACAACAUUUCCAGUCUGCACCUGGAGCGUGGGAUGGCACUGUGGUGUUUCCCAGCCAAGUCCUUCAGAUGAAGCUCAGAAGGGCUGCACCAUUGGAAUGGCCGGCAUGGUCCUGUCUCUCCUUUCAUCAGCAUGGUUCCCACUGGACCUCUCUGCGCAUCAGGAUGCUUUGAUUUUGACUGGAAACUUGCUUGCAGCAAGUGCUCCCAAGUGCUUAAAGAAUCCCUGGAGUGCUGAAGAAGAUUCAAACCAAGGUGCUGCAAAGCAGGAGGAACCCUGGCCGGCUCUGGCAGAUCGAACUCUUGUUACUUUAGUAGAACAGCUCUUUUCUCAUCUGCUGAAGGUCAUUAAUAUUUGUGCACAUGUAAUGGAUGAUGUUGCUCCUGGCCCAGCAGUAAAGGCAGCGUUACCUUCUCUCACAAACCCACCUUCUCUUAGUCCAAUUCGGAGGAAGGGGAAGGAGAGGGAGUCUGUCGAACAGACAUCUGUGCCAAUGAGCCCUAAAAAGGGUGGUGAAACGAGUCCAGCUGCUAGGCAAACUGAUGCUACUGGGCCUGUUCCAACAAGUAAAUCAUCUUCCGUAGGAAGCUUUUAUCAUCUUCCAUCAUAUCUGAAGUUAUACGAUGUCUUGAAAGCAACCCAUGCUAAUUAUAAGGUUACUUUGGAUCUCCAGAACAGUAAUGAAAAGUUUGGAUGUUUCUUACGGUCUGCCUUAGAUGUUCUGUCUCAAAUCUUGGAACUUGCUACUCUUCAAGACAUUGGAAAGUGUGUAGAAGAAAUUUUGGGAUACCUGAAAUCAUGUUUCAACAGAGAGCCAACAAUUGCAACAGUUUGUGUACAGCAGUUGUUGAAAACAUUGUUUGGGACAAAUCUGGCUUCUCAGUACGAUGGCUUGUCUUCAAACCCCAACAAAGCUCAAGGCAAAGCUCAACGCUUAGGUUCUUCCAAUUUGAGACCUGGUCUCUAUCAUUAUUGCUUCAUGGCACCAUACACACAUUUUACACAGGCCCUUGCUGAUGCUAGUCUAAGGAAUAUGGUUCAGGCUGAGCAGGAACACGAUGCUUCAGGAUGGUUUGAUGUGCUGCAAAAAGUUUCUACACAGCUGAAAACUAGCAUUACCAGUGCAGCAAAACAUCGUGCUGAUAAGAAUGCUAUUCACAAUCACAUUCGUUUAUUUGAACCCCUUGUCAUAAAAGCAUUGAAACAAUAUACUACAACAACAUCGGUACAGCUGCAGAGACAAGUUCUAGACUUGCUUGCUCAACUGGUUCAGCUACGAGUUAACUACUGUCUUCUGGAUUCGGAUCAGGUGUUUAUUGGAUUUGUGCUAAAGCAGUUUGAAUACAUUGAAGUAGGACAGUUCAGGGAGUCUGAAGCCAUUAUUCCUAAUAUCUUUUUUUUCCUGGUGUUGCUGUCUUAUGAGCGGUAUCAUUCCAAACAGAUAAUCGGAAUUCCUAAGAUCAUUCAGCUGUGUGAUGGUAUCAUGGCCAGUGGGAGGAAAGCUGUUACACAUGCAAUACCAGCUCUGCAACCCAUCGUUCAUGAUCUCUUUGUGUUAAGAGGAACAAAUAAAGCUGAUGCUGGAAAAGAGUUGGAAACACAAAAGGAGGUGGUAGUGUCAAUGCUGCUGAGAUUGAUUCAGUACCAUCAGGUGCUAGAAAUGUUCAUCUUAGUAUUGCAACAGUGUCAUAAAGAAAAUGAAGACAAAUGGAAAAGAUUGUCCCGGCAAAUAGCUGACAUUAUUCUCCCGAUGCUUGCAAAACAGCAGAUGCAUAUAGACUCUCAUGAUGCUCUGGGAGUAUUGAACACUUUGUUUGAAAUUUUGGCUCCUUCAUCCCUUCGCCCUGUGGACAUGCUUUUAAGGAGUAUGUUUGUUACUCCUAAAACAAUGGCAUCAGUGAGCACUGUCCAGCUAUGGAUUUCUGGAAUUUUAGCUAUCCUUAGAGUUCUGAUUUCACAGUCAACAGAAGACAUCGUUCUAUCCCGUAUACAAGAGCUUUCUUUCUCACCAUACUUGAUUUCGUGUCAAGCAAUUAACAGACUGAGACGUGGAGAAAGUAACUUAUCCACACCAGAGGAUCACACUGAGGUUAAACAGGCUAAAUAUCUGCCUGAGGAGACAUUUUCUAGGUUCUUAUUACAACUGGUUGGCAUUCUACUGGAAGAUAUUGUUACCAAACAAUUGAAAGUGGACAUGAAUGAGCAACAACAUACUUUCUACUGCCAGGAGCUGGGCACUCUGCUUAUGUGCUUAAUACAUAUCUUCAAAUCAGGGAUGUUUAGAAGAAUCACAGCUGCAGCCACCAGACUUUUUACAGGAGAUGGAUCUGAUGGUAGUUUCUAUACCCUUGAAAGUUUGAGUGACCUUGUUCAGUCCAUGAUUCCCACGCAUCCUUCUUUAGUUCUCCUCUGGUGUCAAAUCCUGCUUCUUGUCAAUUAUACCAACUACAACUGGUGGUCAGAAGUGCAUCAAACCCCAAAGAGACACAGUCUUUCUACGACUAAAUUGCUUAGCCCUCAGUUAUCUGGAGAUAGUGAUGAAUCGAAUUCAGAAUCUAAACGUGGCAUGUGCAAUCGAGAGAUAGUGAGAAGAGGAGCACUCAUUCUUUUUUGUGACUAUGUUUGUCAAAACCUACAUGAUUCAGAACACUUGACCUGGCUUAUUGUGAAUCAUGUUCAAGACUUGAUUAAUCUGUCCCAUGAGCCUCCAGUACAAGACUUUAUCAGUGCUAUCCACAGGAAUUCAGCAGCCAGUGGUCUCUUCAUCCAGGCCAUUCAAUCACGGUGUGAAAAUCUUGCAGCUCCCACAACUCUGAAGAAAACUUUACAGUGCUUAGAGGGAAUACAUCUCAGCCAGUCUGGGGCUGUCUUAACAUUAUAUGUUGAUAAGCUUCUGUGUACUCCAUUCCGUGUGCUUGCUCGCAUGGUUGACACACUGGCUUGCCGUCGGGUAGAAAUGCUUUUGGCUGCAACUUUACAGAACAGCAUUACUCAGUUACCAGUUGAAGAACUGGAUAGAAUUCAGGAAUACCUUCAAAACAGUGGAUUAGCAACAAGACACCAAAGACUUUACUCGCUCUUGGAUAGGUUUCGUCUUAUGGUAGCACCAGACACAACUAGUCCUUCACCACUGGUUACCUCACACCCACUAGAUGGAGAAGACCAACCAGCUUUAGAGAAUGUAAUUCUAGACAAAGACUGGUAUGUGUCACUAGUGAGGUCGCAGUGUUGCAUCAAGUCUGACUCAGCACUGCUAGAAGGUGCAGAGCUGGUAAAUAGGAUUCCUCAGCCUGACCUGAACUCCUUCAUGACCAGCAAGGAAUUCAACCUAAGCUUGUUAGCACCUUGUUUAAGCCUUGGCAUGAAUGAAAUCUCAAGAGACCAGAAGAGUAGCUUCUUUGAAACAGCUCGGAGGGUAACUCUGGAUCAUAUGUCUACCACUGUACAAAACCUUCCUGCCAACCACCAGGUUUUUCAACCACUAUUGCCAACUGAGCCAUCAGCCUACUGGAAAAAACUAAGCGAUAUAUUUGGAGAUGAGGUGAUGUAUCAGUCUCUGAUGACACUUUGUCGUGCACUGGCUCAGUAUUUGUUGUUACUCUCAAAACUACCAGCCGGUCUCCGUGUUCCUCCUGACAAAGAGGAUGAUAUCCUGAAAUUCGUAGUUAUGUCAGUAGAGGCACUAUCAUGGCAUUUAAUGCAUGACCAGAUUCCAUUAAGUGUAGAUCUUCAAGCUGCUCUGGAUUGUUGUUGUCUGACAUUACAGCAGCCUAGUCUCUGGAAUUUGCUGGCUUCUGCAGCUAAUGUGACAUACGCUUGCUCCUUAAUUAAUUGCAUUAGAUUUAUCAUAGAAGCAGUUGCUGUUGAACCCGGUAAUCAACUUCUUAGUCCUGAAAGAAAGAAGAAUGCUUCAAAAGGCUUAAGUGAGGGUGAAGUUGAUUCAAACACACAGAAAACUAAACACAUUACUGCAGCUUGUGAAAUGGUAGCUGAGAUGGUGGAAUGCUUACAGACUGUCUUGGCACUGGGGCACAAAAGAAACAGCAGUAUCCCAGCAUUUCUUACUCCUGUCCUCAAGAACAUCAUCAUCAGUUUAGCAAGGCUGCCUCUAGUGAACAGUUACACAAGAGUACCUCCCUUGGUCUGGAAAUUAGGCUGGUCACCAAAGCCUGCAGGUGACUUUGGCACAGUUUUUCCUGAAAUACCAGUAGAAUUUCUUCAAGAAAAAGAAAUCUUUAAGGAGUUCAUCUAUCGCAUUAAUACACUUGGAUGGAUCAGCCGUACUCAGUUUGAAGAGACUUGGGCUACUUUGCUUGGUGUGCUUGUAACUCAGCCUAUUGUAAUGGACCAAGAGGAGAACCAACAAGAGGAAGAUACAGAGAGGACCCAAAUUAAUGUUCUUGCAGUACAAGCCAUAACUUCCUUGGUGCUGAGUGCAAUGACAAUACCUGUUGCAGGCAAUCCAGCAGUUAGCUGUUUGGAACAGCAGCCCCGCAACAAAGCUUUAAAAGCUCUGGACACAAGGUUUGGGAGGAAGCUAAGUGUUAUCAGGGGAAUUGUUGAACAGGAAAUCCAAGCAAUGGUAUCUAAGAGAGAUAAUAUUGCUACUCAUCACUUAUACCAAGCUUGGGACCCUGUUCCAUCACUUUCUCCUGCUACUACAGGUGCUCUUAUCAGCCAUGAGAAACUCUUACUGCAGAUCAAUACUGAACGAGAAAUAGGAGAUAUGGAUUAUAAACUGGGACAGGUCUCUAUACACUCCAUAUGGUUAGGAAAUAAUAUCACUCCAUUGAGAGAAGAAGAGUGGGGUGAGGAUGAAGAAGAUGAGAAUGACAUACCUGCUCCUUCCUCACCACCAACCUCUCCUAUUAACACCAGGAAACACCGGGCUGGUGUAGAUAUACAUUCUUGUUCUCAGUUCUUGCUUGAACUGUAUAGCCAGUGGAUAUUGCCAUCAAACCCUAGCAAGAGAACGCCAGUCAUUUUGAUUAGCGAAGUGGUGCGAUCACUUCUGGCAGUAUCAGACUUAUUUACAGAAAGGAAUCAGUUUGAGAUGAUGUAUACAACAUUGACAGAACUUCGAAAGGUGCAUCCAUCGGAAGAUGAGAUUCUUGUACAAUAUUUGAUACCAGCCACUUGUAAAGCUGCUGCUGUUCUUGGAAUGUUGAGUGUUACCUUUGCCCUGGACUCAUUUGUUACAUUUCAGGCCAGAAGUGAGGACUGUGGAACAGCUAUUGCUAGAUUUGUGUUACAG